AUGGAUUAACAAGCCAAGGAUCUCAUUCUCCAAAAUUUACAACUCAUACAAGAUUCAAAUUUAUUUAGUAUUUUUCGCUCACAAAUUGAAGUUUCUGCUACAUUAUAGUAACAAUUCAAGGAAACUAAACGAAUUAUUGAAUAAUCAGACAUUCUACAAAUUAUACAUUAAAUUGAUUAAAUUCAAAACUCUAUUGCAACUAACAUUGAAAUAAUCAAUAAAGAUGAAAACAUUGUUCAAUAUAUUGCUCAAAAUAAAAAAAUAAUCAUCCAAAUGAUUACUAAUAAAUAUGAAUAAACUAUUAUUAAUACUUUAAAUUCAUUAGGAUUCCCUGAUCCUAGCAAUGAACCAGAAAUAAUAUAAUUCAAAUAAUUAUAGGAAUUGACAAUAUAUUCCAAAUUAAUUAAACACGUCUCAUAGUUUGAACCAAGAUUUUUGUCUUCAAUCUUCGUUAAGCUAAAUUAAAACUUUGAUUAUCAUUUCAUUGAUUCAAUCCAAGCCACCUCAAAUAUUAAUAAUAGCUCAUGGUUUUUUAAUUAUUUGUAUGAAAAUUUCGAAAAAUCCAUCAAACAACUCUUUAAACUUGACCCUAAUUAUGAAGAAUAAAUCUAAAAUUAUUAAAACUUUGAAUUAGAAGAAAUCAUUCAAACAUUUGCUUCACUUAUGAUUUAGCAUUAUAUCAUAUACAAUAUUACAAAGAGAGUAAAAAGAGACAAAGAUGAGUUUAUUUUCUAGCCAAAUUUAGCUUUAUUGUUCUUUGAAGAACUCGAUAAUUUCUGUUAAUCGAUUGAAUAGUUUUGGUAUAUUUGUUUUGAUUAGAAAUGUAAUUAAAUAUUCGAAGUAAUCCUUCUUAUUCUGAAUGAGAGUAAUAUCUUUGGUAAGAUAUUAGAGUGGGAAAUACAGUUAUUUAAUUAAAGCAUCUUUAAUGAAUAUGAAAAUAAAAUCUAAUAAAAAAAUAUCCAUCUUUUUUUAAAUUUUGUUGAAGAAUUUUAAAUUGUUUGGAAUAGUUAAUAUCAAAAAUAUUCUUUGAUUGUUAAUCAGAAUCUGAUUGAUCAGGUUUAAUAAAUAUAUUCACUUAUUUUUAAGCAAUUUUUAGAAUUAUGUGAAUAAUAUUACUUGAUUAUUAAACAAAUAGAAAGCAAAGAUUAUGUCCAGUUUUUAUAAACUUAUUACCUUGGAUUAAAAGCAUUAAAGCAGCAAUUUAAGAAAUACAAAACAUCUAUUAAAUAACUCAAAUAAAAUACAUUAAUCAAGUUUUUAGAACCUAUAUCAAAUUAAUGCUCUGAGGAAAUUUAUUAAAAAUUAUUUAAGGAAUAUUUAUAUGAUGACAAAUUAACAGCCGAAUUCUUUAAAUCAAUUUCCAAAGUCAAUUUUUAUCAAAACCAUCAAAUUAUUUUUCUUUAAAGUUAGCAUGAAUUUGCUAAAAAAAUCAACAACUUUUACUACAAAGCCAAUUCAAUUAUUAAUUAAAUAAUUAAUACUAAUUUAAUUGAAAGAUAAUACAUUGCUGAUUUAGCAUCAAAGGUAAUCUCAAUAAUAAUUUCAUAACUCACCACAAAAACACAUAAAUUUAUAGUCAAAUAGGAAUAUUCUUAAGAUGGUAUUCUUAUCAUGUUUUUGGUAAUUUUGAGAACCACCUUUUUGGUUUUAUAUUCAUCCAUUAAUCAUUAAAAAAAUACAAAGGCAUAAAAAAAAAUCAACGAAAAGUUCGAACAAAUAUAAACAAUUAUAAACAACAGAUAUAUUUUAAAUGAAUAAUCAUGGCAAAAAGUUAUAAAAUCAUAUCCGUUAUUAACUCAAAAGGAUGUAGAAAUUUUGAAGAAUUUAAAAAUUAAUUAAACCACCUGA